GGAAAAAGUCACUUAGCGUCCAUUAUUUGUGAAAUCGUCGUAAAUGCUAAGAACAACGUAUACUCAAAACACACACAUUCGAAGAAUGAGUGCUCCACAACACAAGAAGACUGCAGCAAUGGGUAUAGACAGACAACAUUGGACAAAUGGCUGCUGAAAACACCAGGGAUAAAUGUAUAAGUGGUUCUGGUAGGGUGACACGUCCAUCAAGCGUUCAACAAUCCAAGCUCACUUUCAAAUUAGUUCAGCAGAACUUUCAAAGUCUUGGCAAUAAGCACGAGUUGGAUACCAUUGCAGCAAUUGAUAAUCCUGAUGUUUUAGUUAUAAGCGAACACUGGUACACAGAUGAGCUAAUUAGUGUAUGUAAGCCACUUUCCAUGAUCUUUUGCUCUGCCUUCAGUAGAAAAGAGAAACGUGGUGGUGGGGUAGCUAUCUUUGCAGCCAGUGGUAGUAAUUAUAGUAUAAUAGAUGUAAGUGCUUUCAGCAUUGAGGGUGUAAUAGAACUAGUAGCAAUUAAUUAUAAGUGGGGGAAAGAGAACUUAAUUAUUAUAGGCCUAUACAGACCUCCAUCUGGUAGCCUAGAUAGUUUCUUUGCUGUUCUUAAUGACCUGCUUGUUGACAUUGACAGUAAACACUGCAAUAAAAAUGGCUGGGUUAACAUAAUACUAACUGGAGAUAUAAACAUUGACUUGCUGUCCAAUGACUCUGUGUCUAAAAAAAACUAAUGCUAAUACUAGCUCAAUUUAACUUAGCAUUUCUGAUAAACGAGCCCACUAGAGAGGUCAAUAGUGUAAAAUCAUGCAUUGACGACAUUAUAACUAACAUGUCCCACUUUACAUG